AAGCCACGCCCAGCAAUUAUAUAUACGGAGUGUAUUUCAUUAGAGAAGUGAGACGCUCAGGAGUACGUUAGUCUGCCAGAUGGAGAAAAAUACACAGGUCACAGAAGACCAGAGAGUACGUAAUGGUAUUUGUAGGCAGUUUGUGAAUGGCUCAUGCAGGUUUGGUCGGUACUGCUCUUAUCUGCAUGAAUAUCCUGCAGUGCCUUCAGUUCAAGUGUGCAGGUACUUCCAGAAAGGAGGAUGCUGGUUUGGAGAAACCUGCAGGUAUCUUCAUAUUGCUGGUCCAGACAGUGGGUCUUCUGGCGCCAGGCGUGGUUCGGCACCUGUAGUUAAUGCUUCUGCGUUGCCAGGUCAUGUUUCAGCUGAUCGACGGGGAUCUGAGCCUUCACUGUUCCCUGUGCUGGGUGCAUACAGCUGGAGACGACGAGGGUCUGAACCAUUGGUCACGAGUUUAAGCUACCAGCAGACUUCACAACGUCCAACUACAGAUAUUGCUGAGGAGGAAGAGCAUGCUGUGUUGGAAGCAGGGUCUAUACCUCACCAGCAGGAGGAGGGGUUGCGGCCACAGGUACCCUGCAGUAGUACAGAUGAAUCCACAGCUAAUGCUGCAUCUGAUGUUCAAGAGAAAACUGAUUCUAAAACAGACCAGCAGGGAGUCCGUCUGCAGGAGAGUGGUGGGCUGGAGACUGGUGCAACAGCAUCAGUUGACCAGGGACAAUCUGAGGCCUACAAUCAAAGCAAAGAUGUCUUCUGUGGUAUCUGCAUGGACAAGGUUUAUGAAAAAAGCACAGCGCGAGAAAGGCGCUUUGGAAUCCUGCCCAACUGCAGUCAUGCCUUCUGUCUUGGCUGCAUCAUGACCUGGCGAAAGACCAAAGACUUUCAGGAAGAGGUCAUCAAAGCCUGUCCACAGUGUAGAGUGAAGUCCUCUUUUUACAUUCCCAGUAAGUACUGGGUUUGUGAGGGAGAGCCAAAGGAAGCAUUGAUUGCUUCAUUUAAAGAAAAGAGCAGUAAAAUAAAGUGCAAUUUCUUCAUGCGUCAUGGAUGCUGCCCCUUUGCAUCAGAGUGCAUCUUUAGCCAUGAGCUACCACCUGGGCACAGACCUCAUCGUAGAUGUUUUAGACCCAAGAAUGCUUUGGAGUUGCUGGAGGAUAUGGAUAGUGAGGACCAGCGGCUUUUAAGCUACCUCAUUGCCCUGACCCUUUUGGAUGAUGAUGACUUUGAUUUUAUCCAAUUUGAGCUUGUCUGAUACAUGGGCAAAGCUUUGAAUACUUCAUGGAUACUGGGUCCUGGAGGUCAUUACUUUGUGUAAUUGAUUAAUUUUGUGAUGUGCCAUUAACAGUCUCUAAGCAUGGUGUAUAAAGACCUCUUGCUUCCCAAUGCACUAAACUGCUUGAGCCAUUGUAUGUUGUCUAAUUUUCAGUCUCCAUCUGUCUUUUUAAGAUGUUACUGGCAUUUUGUGUUCAAUGGACAGGGGAAAAACAUUUUGAAAGUAGUGCUGCUUUUCUCUUGGAGACCAGGUCUAAAGUAUUUUGUAACUUUAUAAAAAGGCUGAAAAUAAUUGUCAUACUUGAAUUUAGUAUUUGUUUACUUAUAUACUGUUACUGGAAUCUUCUCAAUGAGUGCCUCAUAGUAAUAUUUGCACAUUUGUAUGUUACUUUAAGAAUAGAUUUUAAUGAUACAAGUCUUCAGUUUUAUUUUUGUGUAAAGCAGGCCAGAGUGCUCAACUCCACUCUUGGAUAGCUGGGUCCAGCAUAAUUUGGUAGUUUGCCUGCUCACACCUUGAUUACCAGGUUUGUGUUUGAAUGGGAAUUCAAACUGUGCUGGACAGCGGGAUCAGAGUUGGGCAUCUCUGGCCUGAAAUCAGCCACUUGAGCCAUGUGUUACUCCUGUUAAACCAAACACUGACUGUUUAUUUUUGAACAUUGCUUUAGCCUGAGAUUACUCGAAUGUAACCUGUUGACUGGCUUCUGGAAACUGUUAUACCUGUCAACACUGCAAUAUACACCAAGACUUGGCAUCACAUUUUAUGACUUUUAUUAAGUGUUUGCUCAAAUGGGGGGGAAAAAAAGAUAAGAUAAUAAAGUGUUUGGUUUGCCUCA